CACAGCAGCGGGGACGGAGAGCGCACAGCAGCGGGACGGAGACGCGCCCAACAGCGGGACGGAGACGCGCACAGCAGCGGGACGGAGACGCGUCCAACAGCGGGACGGAGACGCGCACAGCAGCGGGACGGAGACGCGUCCAACAGCGGGACGGAGACGCGUCCAACAGCGGGACGGAGACGCGCACAGCAGCGGGACGGAGACGCGUCCAGCAGCGGGACGGAGACGCGCACAACAGCGGGACGGAGAAGCGUCCAGCAGCGGGACGGAGACGCGUCCAGCAGCGGGACGGAGACGCGCACAACAGCGGGACGGAGACGCGUCCAGCAGCGGGACGGAGACGCGUCCCAGAGACGCGUCCCACAGCGCAGGGAUCCGCGUGCUGGAGGCGUCCGGCUCACGCGCUGCUGUAAAGGGACGAAACACACUUUAUUGUUGGAUACUGUGUCUCAGCCAUGGCCAGCAAGACUCUCCCAGCCCCCGUCCCUCUCCACCCGUCCCUCCAGCUGGCUAACUACGCCCUCCUACAGACCUCCACAGGCCUUCAGCUACCAGCAGACCAUUUUCAAAGUAUCUACUGCUUCAGUGCCCUACAUGCCAUUCACCUCCACCAGUGGACCCUUGGCUACCCACCUUUGGCCGUGCCCCGCUGCACCAUCUCCAAGCUGCCUGCCCAGUUCCCUUCCAUGGCCUCCCUCCCCAUGUUCCCUCACCUACUGCAAGCCAAGCAUCACUCAGUGGGACUGCUGCAGAUCUCCAAGAACAAGCCCCGCUUUGACUUUGCCAACCUGGCAGCUGCAGCCACCCAGGAGGACCAUCUGAAGGCCGAAGACCUGAGCAUGACCGGUGCAGCAGCACAGGCUUCGUCUCACCACCCGACUCCAGCAGGCCUCGUAUCCCUCCUGGAUGUUAACAAACUCUCUUCCCCAAAGUCCAGCAGAGGCCGAUUGCCGUCCAAGACAAAGAAAGAGUUUGUCUGCAAGUUCUGCGGCCGCCACUUUACCAAAUCCUACAACCUCUUGAUCCACGAGAGGACGCACACGGACGAGAGGCCAUAUACCUGUGAUAUCUGCCACAAGGCCUUCAGGAGACAGGACCAUCUCCGGGACCACAGGUACAUUCAUUCCAAAGAAAAGCCCUUCAAAUGUCAGGAGUGUGGGAAGGGCUUCUGUCAGUCCAGGACUCUGGCUGUCCAUAAAACAUUACACAUGCAGGUCAAGGAACUAAAGCCAGCCAAGAUCAAGUGAUUCACUUUGCCAGCAGGGAAGGGACAGGGACACUGGAACAACUCAACCAAAGACAACAGCAGUGAAAGAAGAACCAAACACUUAUUCAUCUCAGCAGCUGGAAGCAGAGCGCUCUGCUUCUGUGGGAAUACCAGCUAGUGCUUAAAGAAAUUAUGCAGAAAUACUGUAAGCCUUAGUGGAGAAGUGGAUGCUUAGUUAUCAAAGCUUGCCUUGGAAAUUAAUGUGUGAAAUUUUAAAUGAAAAACAACAUCCUUUUGGCUGCUCAGUACGUUGCUCAGAUGCUUACAAUGCAAACACGUUAAAGGGACACAAGCAUAAUGGAGUUACAUUUAAACCGAGAAUGUUUAAGCCAUGUUAAUUCAUUUCCUUCCUUUUCAAUAUCACACCCCCAAUGUUAUUUUUGUACAGAUGCAUUAUAUCAAAAAUGUAUUUUUGCACUUUAACCUGUUAAUUGAUUAUUUACAUAUAUCACUGGAUUUCUAAAAACCUAUUUUCAAAAUGAAUAAUCGUUUCUAAAUAAAAUAUUUUUACUGUAAGUA